CCGCAAUGAUGCCUCGUUUGGGUCAGCGCGUCUUCGAUUUAUUUCCCUCUUGAUGUUGAAAAGAACCACUCAUUAACCUUGACGAGCGUCUUAUAAAUUUCCUUAUCUAUGGUACCCAACUUCUUUUCCAGAUGAUAAUCUAGUUAUUACCCAACGAUCAAUUGUAUUAUUUACUGCUUCCGCUUCGUGCUGUUUGCAAGCUUCAUUCCGAUAGUCGGGGCUUCUGGCCAUGUCACUCUGAUUUUCCAGUUGACCUAUGUUUAUUUAUGGCCUGUGCGACGUCAGCCAGACGAAUUUCAAAGGGUUUUCCUGCUGUGACUAUAUCUCAAUAUAGGUUCAAGUGUCUGCUGAUUUCAGUGAGCUCCGACGCCGGCAUACGUAACGGCUAGUAAAGAGGAGUCUCGAAAAGCAAGUGAGCCAUCGAUAUACCUGAAUAUCAAACUCCAAACCACCUCAUUAGGAGCGAUUCGGGAUACCACUGCUGCUUCUGUAAAUCGCCCACUUCAACAUGAGUCUGGAUCGUCAGGAAUCGGUUCGUCACGAUGAAUCGAAAACUUCAAGGGACAAUACUUUGGCCAAGUUAACUCAAUUGCCGCCGAAUUCCGCUUCGAUCAAGGAAGCAUCUUCGGGAAACAGCAGCAAACUCGUUGGUGAUAUUAAGGGCAGAAUUGCGGAACCUGUCGUGGCAGCUUUUAUUGCUGGGGGCGUGGCAGGUGCGGUAUCCAGAACCAUCGUGUCGCCACUUGAACGACUAAAAAUCCUGCUUCAAAUACAGAGUGUUGGCAGGGAAGAGUACAAGUUAUCUAUAUGGAAGGCUCUUGUAAAGAUCGGCAAAGAGGAAGGGUGGAGAGGGUUUAUGCGGGGCAAUGGUACCAAUUGCAUUCGCAUAAUCCCUUACUCUGCGGUUCAAUUUGGAAGUUACAAUUUUUACAAAAGGUUUGCAGAGCCAGCUCCGGAUGCUGAAUUGUCACCAGUACGCCGGCUCAUUUGCGGAGGCGCCGCUGGAAUUACCUCAGUCACUAUAACUUACCCUCUUGACAUUGUUCGGACACGUCUUUCUAUUCAAUCAGCGUCGUUCGCAGCCCUCGGUCAGCGCGAUGGCAGCGGGAAGCUACCGGGCAUGUUCAGCACUAUGGUCUUAAUAUACAAGACCGAGGGUGGUAUCUUGGCACUCUAUCGCGGAAUCAUUCCAACCGUGGCCGGUGUCGCCCCAUAUGUUGGUUUAAAUUUCAUGACAUACGAAUCGGUUCGAAAGUAUCUGACUCCCGACGGUGACAAGACUCCUAGUUCACUGCGUAAACUACUAGCGGGUGCUAUUUCAGGAGCAGUGGCUCAAACAUGUACUUAUCCAUUUGAUGUUCUACGGCGGCGUUUCCAGAUCAAUACAAUGUCUGGAAUGGGCUAUCAGUAUGCAUCCGUCUGGGACGCCGUGAAAGUCAUUGUUGCAGAAGAGGGAACGCGUGGUCUGUUUAAAGGAAUCGUCCCCAAUCUUUUGAAAGUGGCACCGAGCAUGGCGAGUAGUUGGCUCAGCUUUGAGCUAACGAGAGAUUUUCUUGUCCAGCUGAAUGACAAAUGACAUCGUCCCGACUCGGAAGGGAUAUAUCGCCGAUCCUAAGUUUCACCUCUCUACGAUGAUGUCGUAGCUUGGAGGAUUGCCACAUGAACAUUGCUUUAUACCAGAUGUUCUCGAUGUGGAAACCAGUUGGUGUACCUGGCUAUUUUAAGUAAACUAUGCAGGGUACUAGGUUGCUUAGUUUUAAGCAAUCCGAAACAUGCUAUAUGACUAUGAGUGUAUCUAGCGUUACAUUACACGAGUGAGAAAUAUUAGGAAGAAAUUAAGCAACCCACCAAAAGAUAGAGUAUACCAGCGAAAUGAGAAAGUGUGCUUCUAUUGAAGGCAGGGUUAGUUCUAUCUACUAUUAAUGGAGCGGAGUUCUCUUUCUUCAAUUAUUAUAGGUCUUCU